AUGGUCGGAAAUACAAACUACAAUAGCAUGAAGGGGCUUCAGCUUUUCAUUGCCGACCUCCGGGGCUCUUUGCACGCUGAGGAUCGAGAAAAGAGGAUACAGUCUGAAAUGGUUAAUAUCCGUAAGCAAUUUGGGGCUGGAAAUAGCACAGAUAGCGUGAAUGGAUAUCCAGGUACUGCAAGCACACUUAAUGGUUACCAGCGUAAAAAAUAUGUUGCUAAACUGGCAUAUAUAUUCAUUGCCACUAAUACCACGCGAAUUUCGGAUGUCAUGUUCGGAUUGGACCAGUGCUGCGAGCUUAUGGCCUCAAACGUGUAUUCGGAAAAGUAUAUCGCGUACAUGACACUUGAACUUCUGUAUAGUAAUCCGAGUGUCUGCCAGCAGGUCGGGGACCGUGUCAUUGCGCAGUUAAAGAAGGACUUGGCCUCCAUGACCGAAAAUCAUGUGGCGCUCGCGCUAAAUUUCCUUGGGGUGACUGGAAAAUGUGAUCCCAAUUUAACCCACGAGCUGAUACAUGAAGUUUUUCAGGUGCUGCGAUCCCCUACUUCGGCUCAGAUACUUCAAAAAAAAUCAUCAUUGGCGUUUUUGGCUUUGUUGCGCAAUGACUCGACAAUAUUGACGCAAGAUGCCCGCCGCAAGCAAUUAUGGAUACAGCGUAUAAUGGGUCUGCUGGAUGAUAGCACCAAUUAUAGACUGAUGGUGUCUGUGUUGCCCCUCGUCGAAUAUAUUGCUCGUGAAGUGGAUGGCGCAGCGUGUGUAAAGCUAGUUCCUCAACUAUCAGAAAUACUCCACAAUUGCAUCGUCCACGAAAGAGGAAGCGGUAGAGCCGGUGGCCUGCCCGACUCCACGUACAAAAAUAUACCUAGCCCAUGGAUCGUUACAAAGAUCGUUUCAAUUCUCAACAUCCUCAUUGGAUCUCCUUCGAGUUCUAAUGGGGAGAUUACAUUUACUAAUAUCGAUCAAGGGACGCUGCGGAAACUUAGGAUGUGCGUUACUAGGGCCAUUGACAUAGGUACUCAGCCUACUGCUGACAUGCUUACCCGUACAAUUCAAAACACCAUAUUGUUCUCUCUCAUCAACUUUGCAUCUAAAUUAGAUCCGUCUGCAGACGCCAUAAGAAAUUCAGUGAAUGCACUUACUUCCUUGCUGUCCUCUAAUGAGAUCAACACACGAUACUUGGCAUUAGACUGCCUUAUAAAACUCUGCUCCGUUAGCGGGAAAGGGGCGCAAGACGAAGUACGUUCGGGUCAUAUGGACCAAUUAUUUCAUAUAUUGCUAGUGGAACGGGACACUUCAGUUGUGAGGAAGAUUGUCGAUCUUUUAUACACAUUAACUGACGCCGGUAACGUUGAAUCAAAUGUCAAUACAUUACUCAAGUAUAUGACGGACUCCAAACAGAAUGACUAUCAACUGAGAUCUGAUAUUGCUGUGAAAGUCGCCAUUUUAACGGAAAAAUUUGCCACUGACACAACCUGGUAUGUCAUUGUAUCUCUGCGUCUGCUAUCCUUAUCAAAUGCCUCUUUUAACAAUAACGAAAUCUGGCAAAGGCUCUGUCAGAUUAUUGUUAAUAAUGAAAGCCUGCAGAAGCUCUCCUGUGAUCAUCUCCUGCAGUAUUUGCCUCAGCCCAAUAUCUCAGAAGCCAUCGUUAAGGCAGGCGCUUUUGUUUUGGGGGAGUAUGCGGAAGUAGCAAGCUCGAAAAUUUCCUAUGGAGAAAUCUUCAACAUGUUUGCCGACAAAUAUUUUUCGGUAUCGAACCUUUGUCGCGCAAUGAUUCUGACCACUCUCAUGAAGCUUUAUCGGCGGGAUCCAAGUCUUGUAUCAGCUGUAAUAAAGUUCUUUCAACUUGAGCUGAACUCUCUUGAUUUGGAAUUACAAACCAGAUCCUACGAAUACUUGAAGAUUAUCCAACUUGAAAAAAUUAGUGGAGUGAAGUUGGUAGACAUUUUGUUUGAACCUAUGGUCCCUUUCAGUAGAAAAAAGAAUCCCCUCCUUAGUCGUCUGGAAGGGGCCUCGUUGAGUGCCUUUGAUCUGACCGAUUCUUUGCCCUCCGUCAAGGGCAUCUCAAAUGCUCCGACCCCACCUCCAACGCGAAAAGUAAAGCCCACUGCCCACAACAGCGCGAAUAAUAGUCAGCCAUUAUCUCCUGGUUGGCGAGACGGUUUCAAAAGGAUGUUGAUACAUAGACAAGGUGUCUUCUACUCAUCUACUUUCCUCAAAAUAUUUUUCCGGACAGCCGCUAUACCCCAUCAAUCUGAGCUGCUCGAAGUUACGUUGACUUAUGUCAACACUUCUGAACUUCCGAUUACUUCAUUGCUGACGGAAAUUGUACCCUAUAAAACUGAGGAAGACCCGCCUUAUAUUAUCAAAGUUAUCAGCGUUCCCUCGGCGGGCAUUGCAAAAGGGGAGCGAACUGCGCACAUUUUCGAGAUUCUCACUCGGCAGGGAAGCCCACUAGGGCAAAGCCCAAUAUUGAACAUCAACUUUAAAUGUGGUGGUAGCGUUGAUGGUCUAAAAGUAAAAAUUCCUGCUGGAAUUACUAAUACGAUAACCUCGGGACGACUUGAGAAUAGAACAGGUGUGACACUGGCCCAAUUCAUUCAAAGAUGGAAAGCUUUAGGCCAGGCCCUGGGUAAAGAAGGUGAAAAUCACGCAAUCGUGCUUGCUAAACAGAGCAGUCUGGAGCAAGUUCAAAGCUGUGUUGAGAGAAUGGGGUUCGAUAUUGUCGAACAAAAAAUGGUGGAAAACACGAUCUUUGCGGCCGGAAUUGUGAGGACAAAAAAUGAUGGAAAUUCUGGGUGCCUAAUGAAGUUGAGGUGCAAAUCGGGGGAACUUGAAGUUACCUGUAAGACUACACAGGGACAUUUUGUUUCGGAGCUAAUUGUAGGCUGUGUGCUAGAGUCAGUUUCCUAG